CUUCAUUUCACCAUAGCAACUCAUAUAGUACUCAACAUUCGGAUCAUAAACUCAGCAAUCUUGACAAAUAUAUAAUUCAGAAGUUCUUGAAUCUUCUGUAGCGACAAUAUUUUUAAGAGCAACACUGUACUCAACAUUUGGAUCAUAAAAUCAUACAAAUAUAUAAUUCGGAAGUCUUAGCCACAAUAUUUUAAAGACAUAAGCAGACUUUGAAUCCUCUUUCUAACCAAAUCACCCAUUAUUGUACAUUACAUAUAGCAUCAAUAUUCUAAACAAAGAGACUUUGAAGCUUCUUUCUGACCAAAUCACCCAUUAUUUUACAUUACAUAGCAUCAAUAUUCUAAACAAAGAGGUUAUUUAAGCUGAAUCCAGUAAAGUGAAUAGAUGGACAUUCUGAAUGGAUUUUUGUCUGAAGUUUUAAAAGAUGUGGCGUGUGGGGCUAUUAAUCAAUUACAAUACUCCUUUUGCUUUAAUAGUUUUGCUAAAGAGCUUCAAAAAGAAGAAGACAACUUGGUCGAAAUGAUAAAGAAUGUAGAAGAUCGUGUCAUACAUGCUCGAAGGCAAACUUUAAAGCCUGCUGAUGUUAUUGAUAAAUGGUUGAAGAAUGCAAACAUUGAUUCAGAAUAUGUGAAUCGUUUGCUUAAAGAGACAAAUGCCAAAAAGAGUUGUUUUUUUGGAUACUGUCCAAAUUGGAUUUGGCGAUACCGUUUAGGAAAAAAGUUGGCAAUUAAAAAAGCAGACCUUCAAAAGAUCAUUCAAGAAGGUACAAAAUAUAUACAACUUGAACGCAUUGCCUCAAUUCCUUCAAACACUUCUGAUCAACUCAUGAAAGCACUGAAAGAUGAUGGGGUUACAAUGAUUGGGUUAUACGGGAUGGGGGGUUGUGGUAAAACCACAUUAGCAAUGGAAGUUAAGAAGAUAGCAGAAGCUGAGCACCUUUUUGACACAGUUAUUUUUGUUCCUGUGUCUAGUACAGUAGAAGUUUCAAGGAUUCAAGACAAAAUUGCAAGUUCAUUACAUUAUAAAUUUCCAGAAGAUCAAGAAAUGGAGAGAGCCCAAUGCUUGUGCAUGAGAUUAACCCAGGAAAAAAAAUUUCUUAUGAUUCUGGAUGAUGUGUGGGAAAAACUUGAUUUUGGUAGCAUAGGGAUUCCCUCAUCUGAAUACCAUAAAGGCUGCAAGAUUCUCAUUACCACUCGAUCUGAAGAAGUUUGUAUUUCAAUGGAUUGUCAAAAAAAUAUUUAUCUACCCAUCUUAACUGAUGAAGAAGCGUGGACUCUCUUCCAAAACAAAGCAUUGAUAUCUAAAGACACUCCUGAAAAUAUCAAGCAUUUGGGAAUAUCAAUAUCAAAUGAAUGUAAAGGAUUGUAUGUUGCCAUUGUAGCUGUUGCUAGUAGCUUGAAGGGAAAACAAGAGGCGAUAUGGCGUAAUGCGUUGAAUAAAUUGAAAAGUUCUAAGCCGAUCAAAAUCAGUAGGGGUUUGCGAGAUCCCUAUAAGUGUCUGCAUUUGAGCUACGAUAAUCUAGAUACUGAUGAAGCUAAAUCACUUUUCCUGUUGUGUUCUGUAUUUCCCGAAGAUUAUGAGAUUUCAGUGGAAUGUUUAAUAAGAUGUGCAAUAGGGUUAGGUGUGGCUGGAGAAGUUGAAACAUAUGAAGAGGCAAGGACUGAAGUGACUGCAGCCAAAAUCAAGCUUGUAAGUUCUUGUUUGAUGAUGGAGGCGAACGAUGAAUGUGUCAAAAUGCAUGACUUGGUUCGUGAUGUAGCCCAUUGGAUAGCAAAGAACGAAAAUAAGAGCAUCAAGUGUGAAUUGGAAAAGGAUGUAACUUUGGAGCAAGGUUCAAUAAGAUAUCUAUGGUGUGUGAAAUUUCCAGAUGAUAUAGAUUGUUCUAAUCUUGAGUUUUUAUCUAUACAAACAAAAUUGGAAGUAUCCGAUGGAAUUUUUGAAAGAAUGGGAAAACUUAGAGUUUUGAUUAUUACCAAUAAAAAGCACUAUAUGUUGCAGUUGUCAACAACGUCUUUCAAAUCAUUAACAAAUAUCCAUUGUCUGAUCCUUCAAAAAUGGAAUUUGAGAGACAUUUCAUUUGUGAGAGAUAUGAAGAAACUGCAAAGUCUUUCGUUUCAUUUUUGUUCAUUGCCUUCGUUCCUUGACUUGCAAACUGAUGUUGCACUCACAACACUUACAAACUUGAAGUUGUUAGAAUUUAAAAGUUGUGACAUUGAAAGCAAUAUUUUUGAAGAGAUCAAAAGAAUCCCAUUUCUAGAAGAAUUGUAUAUUUUUAAAGACCUCUGGAAAGAUCGAAAGGAAGAAAGUGUUAAAUUCUCUAACUCAUUUAGUGUCCCCCAAAAGCUGCAAAGGUAUGAAAUUAUAUUAGGAUAUGAUACUGAUAGAUUUCGAGAGUUUUCCUCUUCUGAGAGAACUUUAGGAAUUGAUUAUUUUGACAUAUCAAAUGAGGUUAUUAAAGGUUUGGCCAAAAAAGCAAAAGUGCUAUUUGUAGAAAAUAUUAAGAGAGAUGCAAAAAAUAUGAUGCCUGAUAUAUUUGAAAUUGAAGAAGGUAUGAAUGAGUUGGAAGAACUCAAGAUAGGUUAUUGUGAAGAAAUAGAGUGUUUGGUUGACACUAGCAAUUAUUUGAAUAAGAUGGGAAAUAUUUUCUCCAAGUUACGUUAUAUGGAGAUCAUCGACAUGAAACAUCUAAAAACUUUAUGGCAUGGUUGUCUACCUGCCAAUGGGUCUUUUGAAACAUUAGAGAAGCUAUCUAUAGAAAAUUGCGAACAAUUAACACGUCUCUUCACAAUUGACAAAACAAAGGAAAAUGAAGAUCAAUUUACAAUUGGGCAUUCCAUGCAAUUCAAAAUUUUCCAAAAUCUUCAAGAAGUGAAGAUAUUUAGAUGUAAAGAAUUAAAACAUGUAUUCUCAGCCAAUAUCAGAGGAGGUUUAACUCAGUUGAAAACACUUAAAAUUUCAAAUUGUUAUACGCUAGAACAAAUAAUCGAGGAAGUUCUUCCACCAGCACACUGCGAAGAAACAAAUGAAAUUGUAGAAGAAGAUGUGCAGAGUACCUCCUCAGGAUCGUUUUCUCUGUCUAAUCUUGAAUUUCUUGAAAUAUCUUCAUGUUCAAUGUUGGGUUCAUUGCUUACAACAUCUGUAGCUAAGACUUUGACUUCAUUGGAAGAAUUGGAAAUAUAUGACUGUAAUGGUUUGAAGCAUAUUGUAACUUCUGAAAGAGUGAAAAGAAAGAAAAACAUGGUUGAAGAUGAGCAUGAAUUUAAAAGUCAUCUUUCAAUGUUCCCAAGUUUGAAAAGGGUAAGUAUUUUGGAAUGUAGUUCGUUGCAAGAUAUAUUCGCAACACCUGUCAAUGGGUGUUUUGAAAAAUCCAAAAUUUUCCAAAAUCUUCAAGAAGUGGAGCUAUAUGCAUGUGGAGAAUUAAAACACGUAUUCUCAUCCAGUAUUAUAGGAGACCUGUCUCAAUUGAAAAUGCUUAAGAUUAAAUAUUGUAAUAUAGAACAAAUAAUUGAGUCAGGAGACCAUAAAGAAACAAAUGAAAUUGUUGAGGAAGAUGAUGAGCAGCAUUUUGAAUCUAACAAAGUCAAAGUUUCUCCUACAAGCAUUUCAAUUCCAUCAGUAUCUACUGUGAACAAUAGCUCAGGAUCGUUUUCUCUAUCUAGCCUGAUAGGUCUUGAGAUAGAUUCAUGUCGAAUGUUGGACUCAUUGUUUACGACAUCUGUAGCUAAGACCUUAAAGUUAGAAUCUUUAUCGUUGAAAAAUCUACCUAAAAUGACUCGUAUUUGGGCGACUACCAAUAACUCAUUUACUCUCCAGCAUCUCAACUCAUUAAUAAUACAAAAGUGUGAAAAAUUGGAAGUAAUAUUUCCUCAGUCUAUGUUGAGAUCCCUACCAGAGUUAAAUUAUCUGGAAGUAAGUGAAUGCAAGGAAUUAAGACAGAUAAUUGAAGAGGAUUUGGAGGAUAAAAGGUUUAUUCAACCAUGCUUCCCCAAACUAGAAUCAUUGAUUAUUAAACAAUGCCAUAAGUUGAAAUGUUUCACCUCUGUAUCUGCAUCCAAUGAUCUUUCCAACUUGAAGAUUCUACUAAUAAAGGAAGCCACUGAACUACAAGGGUUUAUUGCAUGCGAAUACGAUGAGACAGGAAAGACCAAAGUUCAACUUCCACAACUGAAAGUUAUAAUAUUUAUGCAUCUUUUAAAUUUUCAACAAGAGAGUAAAUUUUUAAAUGUGAAGCAUCGCAUUAUCCGCAAUUGUCCAAAACUCUCUUUGACUUCAACAAUUACUCCUCAAGACCUCCAACAAAAUCUUUUUUUGGAAGCUUGGGAAAAUUAUAGAAUUCCUGACUGGCGAAUUUGGUCACUGGUGGAGGACAUAAAGAAAUUAGAUAAAGUUUCUAGGAGCAACAAUUCUACUGAGUUGCCUUCUUUACAGAUCAAUGAAAAAUCAGAUAAGAACGUCACUGAGAAAGAUUAUCGUUCAGAGGAAGUGGCUCCUGCAACUUCAAUAAAUGCAGAGGUGGAUGGAAAAUCUAAUCGUGAAACAUAUUCCCAGGAUUUGGAUCCUACGCCAAAAAACACUUCUCCCCUCCAAAUGAACCGUGAAGAUCCAUCUAUAUCUCAAAUUAAACCAUUUUCUUCACAAGUCAAUGAUAACAAUCAAUCUAUGUUGGAGAGCAAAGUUGAAAUGGUGGGUCAACAUAACAAAAUUGAAACCAAAACACAAGAGUCGGAAAUAGAAGAGUUCCAAAAAAUAGACAGAAAAAGUGAAAUGACAUCUGACCCAGAAGCUAUGGAGCAGAACUUUCCAGACAUUUCAUCUCCAAACAUGAAUGAGCGUACUGAUGAAAUAGAGACAGACAACUUGGGAAAAACUACGACAUCAGAUAAACCUGCAAUACCAACUUCUGUUUCAGAGAAUAUUGAGGAAAUAGGAAGAGAAAGGAGCAGAGGUGGAGCUGCAACAGAGGGAGCUACAAUUAAAACCUUGCCAAUUGGUGGAGAUAACAUUAGCUUGGUUAGUGGUGUUACUAUUCACAACUCAAGCGGUGCAAAUAUACUUAUACAAGAUUCCCAGGUUGUUAAACAAGAUAGUGAGAUGAAUGAAGACAAGACAGAAAUAGCACCAUAUAAAAAUAUCAAAAUCCAAGAAGGGUUGAACUUGUUGGAUAAAACAGAGGGAAUAGGAAUUGUUUCCAAUAAUGACGUUGUGGUUACUCCAGAUACUCGUACAAGAUUGGAAAAGUAUAAGCACUUGGUUGAUCUCAAUGAUUCACAAAUUUCUCUGCUAGUGGAGGCGAUAGAAGCAUAUCCUCAUCUUUGGAAUGCUUGUGAGAAGUUCACUGAUCGCUUUCGAGCUUUUAUGUUGAAAACAUUGGCAGAUAUGUUGUUGUUCCUUCGAAGUGAAAGUGUUGGUAGUGUUAAUCCUGAGAGAGAAAAGGAGUUCCUUAAACUAUGUGAUGAAGUUGUUCAACUUGGAUUUGAAAAGUGGUGGGUUGAUGAAAUGCGUCAACGUGUUGUCGGAAGGGAUCCUAAGUUGGAGCAUGGAAGGGCACAAAUGGGCGAGCUUCUUAAGAGCCAUGAUGAUUUAAUUGAGGAACUAGACAGUAUAAAGACGCCAAUCGAUGAACUUCUUAAGAGACACGAUCAUUUAACUCAAGAACUACACAAUAUGAAGAAACAACUUAUAAGUCUUAAUAACUUUUUUGAUGCUCCCACAAAAUGUUUCGACUUUUUAUGAUUAGCAAACACUUUACUUUGAUGCAUUUUAUGUUUCUUCUUAGACAUACAUUUAGUCUGAUUUGCUAUUCUUCUAAGAAUGAGUGUUAU